CAAAGGAGACUGCAACACUUCACUGUUGCCGGUAACCACCAACUCCCUCACAAUUUACGUUGCUAUGAAAUUAAUCACACUGUAAUUUCUGGUACAAAGUUGAAGAUUAAUUCGAGCAGGUAUUAAUACUGACCCAAUGGACGUUGAGAGUGCUUGCCCUGCGCGCAAUAAGGAAAGUGAAAUGUAUACAAUGGAGUGUGGAGCAGAUGGCAUAAGAAGGAAUUCUAGAAUACCAACAGGAAAUUUGGCAUCAUCUAAUCAUCUUCCUUUUGAUAACUUUGAAUAUCCACAACAACUGAACAGACAACUGGAGCUUUUCCCUCAAUGGUGUUUUCCUAUCAAACUGGCUGGAAGCAUGUCCAUAGUUGUUUUCAUUUACACUUUGCUCAGGGACAUCAUUCAUCCCUUUAUGAUGGAAAACAAAAAUGUAUUUUAUAAAAUUCCGAUUUUGGUCAUGAACAAAGUUCUGCCUGUUGUUGCCAUCAUACUUUUGGCUUUAGUUUAUUUGCCAGGAAUUUUGGCAGCUACUUUACAACUUUAUUUUGGCACUAAGUAUAGACAGUUUCCUCAAUGGCUAGCUUGCUGGAUGUUAUCACGGAAACAACUUGGACUCCUCAGCUUUUUUUAUGCUGUUCUCCAUGCUUUCUUCAGUCUGUGCUAUCCUAUGAGAAGAUCGUAUAGAUAUAAAUUACUGAACUGGGCUUAUCAACAGGUGAAAGAAAACAAAGAAAAUGCCUGGAUUGAAGAUGAUGUCUGGAGAAUGGAAAUUUAUGUUUCUUUAGGAAUUUUAGGUCUCGCAAUUCUUGCUAUAUUGGCUGUGACUUCAGUUCCUUCUGUCAGUAAUACACUGAAUUGGAGAGAAUUCCAAUGUAUACAGUCCAAGAUGGGAUAUUGCGCAUUAUUCCUAUGUACUCUUCAUGCUCUCGUGUAUGCUUGGAGAAAAUGGGUGGAGCUCAAGUACUUUGUCUGGUAUACACCACCAACGUUUAUAAUUGCAGUUUUUUUGCCUAUUAUUGUUUUGCUAUGCAAAACAAUAUUUCUAUUCCCGUGCCUUGCAAAAAGGUUGGGUAGAAUUCGAAGAGGAUGGGAAUGGAAGUUGAAAUAUAAAAUGGAUCUCUCUCUUUCUACUGAUGCCGUGGAAAAUGAGGUGCCAGCAAAAAGAUCAAUGCAUGAAGUGGAAGAUCAACAGUGACCCCAUAGGAAUUACUUGCAUGAAUUGAACUUGCAACCGAGUAUUAUAACUUAUGUAUAUAUGGAAAGCAUGUUUAUCUUUAUAUGCUGCACCCUUUAUUCUGGAAAUCUUUCUUCACAUUAAUUGUUUCUCAUUGAUUUGUUUAAAUAUAUGAAGUAUAUACUGUACAAAUGUAGUACUACAUUACUUAAGCUUGGGCAAGCAUAGGUGGAGAUUCUAAGUAGGUAAGUAAGAAAGUUUCUAGUAAGUUUUUUUUUCCUGAUAGUACAUAGCUAGUGCACUGAGAAAGGAUCUGGAGAUAAUGGUAUGUUCCUUGAGUGAGAUGUGGGAAAUUCAGGAGUCCUCUAAUCUCCUUGAUAUUACAUCUGCAUGAAGUGCAUCGAGCAGCAGCUCCAUAGAGACUGUGUUAAGGAACAGCAGCCACUGCUGGAUGACCUUCGGCUCGUAUGGAAAAUGGGGAUGUGAUAGAUGAACUACAGGAAGGUAGUUAGGUUGCAGGAGGCAGGUACGUGUGUGACUGUCAGGAGAGUGAGAGGGAAUAGGCAGCCAGUGCAGAUUACAUUGUUCCCCUCAGUAAUAAGUCUACUGCUUUGGAUACAGUUGAGCGGGGUGGGGUGGGGGCGGGUGGGGAGCGGUUGACCUACCAGGCGGAAGCUGCAGCAAUCAGGUCUCUAGCACUGAGAAUGUCUCUGGCUGAGAAGGGAAUGGGAGAAGAGGAGUGCAUUAGUGAUAGGGGAUUCCAUAUCUAGAGGAGAAGAGAGCAGAUUCUGGGGACAUGAAAAAGAUAACCAGAUGGUAUGUUUAUUCAGGGUCACAGAUGUCUCGGACUGGGUCCACAGCAUUCAAAAGAGGGAGGGUGAAUAGCCAGAAGUUGUGGUACAUAUUGGUUCCAGUGACAGGAAGGAAAAGAAGAAGUUCCUGAAGAGAGAAUAUAGGGAGUUAGGCAGUGAGCUGAAAAGCAGGACCUUCAGAGUACUAAUCUCUGGAUUGCUGCCUGUGCCACAUGCCAGUGAGGGUAAGAACAGGACGAUUUGGUGGAUAGAUAGAUACUUUAUUGAUCCCAACGGAAAUUACAGUGUUACAGUAGCAUUACAAGUGCACAAAUAUCAGAAGAGAAGUAAUAAAAAAUAAAAAAUAAGUUACCUCAAACAGUCCAAAAGGAGGGGGUCAACACUUCCCCAGCUACAGGUUGUCACAUUAUCCAGCCUAAUGGUUGAGGGUAAGAAUGACCUCAUAUAGUGCUCUUUGGAGUAGUGGGGCUUUCUUAGUCUAUUAAAAGUGCUCCUCUUUUCAGCCAAAGUGGCAUGCAGAGGGUGAGAAACAUUGUCCAAAAUUGCCAGGAUUUUCCAUAGGGUCCUUUGUUCUACCACAGCCUCUAGUAUGUGUAGUUUAACUCGUAUAACAGCCAGCCUUUUGAAUCAGGUUAUUGAGCCUGUUGACAUCACCCAUGUUGAUGCCAUUGCCCCAGCACAGCAACACAUAGAAGAUUGAACAUGUGAAGGGAUGGCCUGUGUACUCCGAAGGACCCCAGUCUCCUCAGGAAGUAGAGGCAACUCUGACCCUUCUUAUACCAAGCCUCAGUGCUGGUGCUCCUCUCAAGUCUGUCACCCAGGUUCACACCCAAAUACUUGUAGGCCCUCACCAUAUCCAACUCCUCACCAGCAAUAGUAACAGUGAUGAAUGUGUGGUUGAGAAAUUAGUGUAAAGGGCAGGGUUUCAGAUUUCUGGUUCAUUGGGAGCUUUUCUGGGGAAGGUACAACCCGUACAAAAAGGACAGAUUACCCUUGAACCCGAGGAGAAUCAAUAUUCUCGUAGUUAGCAAGCAUUGUCGGGGAGGGUCUAAACAAAUUUGUCAGCAGGUUGGAAGCCAGAGUGAUGGGGCUAAGGAUGGGUAGUUGGUAUACAACUUGAUGUGUGUAGUGAGAUUGUGAGGAAGGACAGGCAGAUGAUGGGGUAAAGUAGCAGGCAGUAGGAUGAGUUAAAGUGUAAUGAGGCCAAAAUCAAAAAGGGUGAUGAAUACAGGACUGAAGGAGUUGUAUUUAAACACACGCUAUACCAAGUAGGUUAUCUUGUGGCAGGUUUGAUUCUGUGGGUAUCGCUGAGUCAUGGCUGAAAGAAGGUCACAGUUGGGACCUUAACCUCCAAGAAUACACUCGUAUCGAAAGGGCAGAUAGGUAGGCAGAAGAGCUCUAUUGAUACAAAAUGAAAUCAAAUCCUUGGAAAUGGGAGACAUAGGAUUGGAAGAUGUAGAAUCCUUGUGGGUACCUUUUAAAAAAAAACAAAAGGGUGAAAAGCCUCUGACACAAGCUAUAUACAGGCCUCUGAACUGUUGCCAGGAUGUGAGCUAAAAAUUACAAGGGAGAUGUACAAGGCAAGUAAAAAGGGCAAUGUUGCAAUAGUCAUGGGGAUUUCAAUAUGCAGGCAGAUUGAGAAAAUUCAGUUGGUGCUCGAUCGCAAGAGAGGGAUUUAGUAGAAACAUGGCUUUUUAGAGCAUGUGGCUGAGCCCACGAGGGCAAUGGCAAUUCUGGAUUGGUGUUGUGUAGUGAACCAGGUUUGACUGGGAAGCUUCAGGUAAAAGAAUCCUUAGGAAGCAGUGACCAUAAUAUAAUAGAAUCCACUCUACAGUUUGAGAAGGAGAAGAUACAAUUGAAUGUAUCAGUAUUACAGUAGAGCAAAGGAAUUAAGAGGAAUGAGAGAGGAGCUGGCCGAAAUUUGAUUGGAAGGGGACACGAGCAGGGAUGACGGCAGAACAGAGGCAGUUGUUUAUGGCAGAAAUUCGGAAGGUGCAGGCAUAGGAUAUAUACAUCCCUAAGUUGAAGAAGUAUUCUGAAAGGAUGAUGAGGCAACUGUGGCUGGCAAGGGAAGACAAAGAUAUCAUAAAAGCAAAAGAGGGGGAUUAUUAUAUAGCAAAAAUUAAUGGGAAGGUAGAGGGUUGGGAAACUUUUAAAAACCAACAGAAGGCAGCUAAAUAACUUAUAGAGUAAAUAUGAAUUAUGAAGGUAAGUUGGCCAAUAGUAUAAAAUAAGACACAAAAAGCUUUCUCAUAUAUAAAGAGUGAAAAAAAGACGAGUAGAUAGUGGACUGCUGGAAAAUGACACUGGAGCGGUCAUUUUGAGGGAUAAGGAAAUGGCAGGGGAACUUAGUAAGUAUUUUGAAUCAUUCUCCACUAUGGAAGAUGCUAGCAGAAUUCCAGAAAUGCGAGUGUCGAAGCAGAACUUGCUUUUGGCAGAGAAAAAUAGAUGGGCUAAAUGGCCUAAUUCUGUUCCUACAUCUUAUGAUCUUGUAGUCUUAUGAUAAAUAUACUGGUAUAUUGUGAUUAAAAUAUCAGAAUAAGACGAAGUUGCUUCAUAUUUGCUACCAGUUGUGCAGUAACCAAGUAUUAUUUUUAAAAAAUUUAGUCAUCAGUGUGUAAGCUGAUUACUGUAAUGUUAAAAAUAAAACUUCUUAGCUCUUCAAUAUUGAA